UUAGCUAGAGAAACCCAUCGCCACUCCACAGAUCACAAGUUCUAGUACUCCUACUACUAGCUUAGCAUACGCGCCACAGAGAGCUAGCAGACAGCCAUGGCCGCGCACCACCGCAGCGCGCGCGCACUGCUCCUCCCCGUCCUCCUCCUGCUCCUGGCCGCCGCCGUCUUCGCCGCGCGCGACCUCGACGGCGCCAACCCGCUCCCGGCGCCGACCGACGGAAACAAGCCCGAGCCUGCACCUUAUUACGGCGGCGCCAUCCCUGGCGGCAUCCCGCCCGGAGCCUUCUACUACGGUGGAGGCCCGGGCAACGGAGGCGGGAUCUACCGUGGCGGCCCGGGCAACGGCGGCGGCUACGGAGGCUACCCAGGCGGUGGCGGGUUCGGCGGAGGGUGGGGCGCGGGGUACGGCGGCCCCGGCGGCGGGUACGCGCACGGCGGCGUGGACGUGCCGACGGUGGUGUGCCAGGAGAAGGGACCCUGCUACGGCAAGAAGGUGGCGUGCCCCAAGAGGUGCUUCUGGUCCUACAGCCGCUCCGGCAACGGAUACGGCGCCGGCGGCGGCGGAGGGUCCUGCACCGUCGACUGCAAGGACAAGUGCACCGCCACCUGCUGAUUUCCUCAUCGAUCGUAUCAUGGAUGGCCAGAGGCAUUGUAGUACGUACGAUGGAGAUAGCUGCUGGAGUGCUAGAUGAUCUAUAUAUCUGUGGCAUGUAUGACGAUCAAUAUAUAGUAUAAUGCUCCUAAAUAAUUGCAAAUGUUGUGCGUGCAGUGUCCUUUAUCUACUACUAUGUUCUAAUGUCCCUGUAAUCGGCGAGCUCUCA